AUGAGUUAAAGCACUAGAACCAGGUAUUAAUACAAUUAAUGAAAACAUAGAGCCAAUAGUCAAUAGAGUUAGAUUUCUAGAAAAAGCAUUAGAAAAUAUAGUUCUGAUUACUAUGAGUCAGAUGCAUCUGAUUCAGAACCUAUGAUGAAGAAGAGAAUUGUAAAAAUAUGGACACCAGAGGAAGAUGAAAUGCUUUAGAAUUUUUAUGAUAAAUUUAAUGGAAAUUGGACAUAAGUAGCUUAAGCUAUACCAGGAAGAAAUCAAUCUUAGUGUUCAUAAAGAUGGAAAAGAAUAAAUCCGAAUAGAGUAUCUUAAGAAUUGUAUAAAGAUUAAAAUAAGAAAACCAUGGACGGAAGAAGAGGAUAGGCAGGUUUUACGUUUGAUUUAAAAGUUUGGGAAAAAUUGGAAGAGAAUUGAAAACGAAAUGAAUGGGAGAACAGGGAAACAGAUNUCACUAGUCCCUAUAAAUCUAUAAUGA